AUGCCUUGGCAACUAUUGGAGCUACGAUCAGCCUGCUCGUCACUCAUCUUCGCUACGAUCUGCGACAGCCGUCAGAGCGUUGCGCUUGAGCCAUCGAAAGCGGUACCGAGUGGAAAUCCUUCGCGUUUCAUGGUCAUCAUAGAAUGUGGAGAUCAGAAAUACUUCCAGGAUGGCAUCACGUUCAAAGUUCAACAGAUCACUCCAAGUGGAGCCACUGAGAGAGAGAAUAAAUGGCAGGAACACGCGAAAGGUCUUCCCAAGCGCUACAUCCCUCCCCUCAGCAAAUCCAUGGCUCCUAGCAAAGAGUUUGUCGACCGGGUGGCCCUACACACGGCAAUGACCUUCUACGUGAGUGAUAUUAUUGGACUCCAGCUCUUUCUCUGCGUAUAUGGUUUGCAUUCCUUCUUCGCAACGCCCAUUGAGCGCAGAAAGGGUCGGUUUCCUUAUAUCGUCCUGAGCUUCGUCAUAUUCCUUCUCUUCGCGUGCAUGACUGGCGUCGACCUUGCGAUGAACUUCAAGCUCUUGUAUUACUCGGAGCCUGGGAUGCCCUACUACCGCGCGAGGAUGCAGGCGUACUCGGAAUCGUUGCGCAGUACUUCCUUGGGCCUUCUCUACUCGUUCGUAAUCCUCGGGGACGGGCUUCUGUUAUAUCGGUGCUUUGUCAUCUGGAGUGACCGAUGGUGGAUAGUCCUCCUUCCAGCGCUGCUAUACUUGGGCUUCGUAGGCCUGUCCCUCACCGCCUUCAUUCGAUUUGUGACGAAAGUCACAGUGACUACUCCCAAUGGGAGCCUGAUAGCGCAGCAGAUCACCAUCGCAUACACCUCCCUCACAGUCGCGAUGAACGUGAUCGCCACGGCACUCAUCGCCUACAAGAUUAUUCGCGCCCAAAAGGCAUGGGCCAAAGCGAUUCCCUCCAGAAACAUGAGCGUAUACAACUCGGCGGCGCGACUGGUCAUCGAAUCUGCUCUCCCGCUGACGAUCUGCGGGCUCUUUUACCUGAUCUUCAACGCCAUCAAUUGGUCGUAUCGAACGUCUGAAGGGGUCCCAAGCAUCACGUACUACACCGCUGCUAGCAUCUUCAGUUCGCUAUAUUUCAGUUUUGCGGCGCUCUCACCUCAGAUGAUCAUCUUCAGAGUGACCACUGGGAGGUCCCACAUUCACCGUGGCGACCUCGAAACAUCACUCAAUCCCGACAGUAGACCACUGGGCAACAUUGCAUUCAAUAACGGACCCAUACAGCAAUUCUCCUACCUCGGAGACUCACUUUCGAGUCAGGUGGAGGAAGGACGGGUGAUCACGGCGGAAAUUAGCGAUGAUUCUAGCCUGGGUGCAAGGGAGCACAAGGGUAAACCUACCACUUAA